CAAGUCAUUGUUAUAUUUCGAGCCAUUGGCAAUGCACCUAUUUUAAAACAAAAAGUAUUCAAGUUAACAGCUUCAAAUAAAUUUCAGACAGUAAUACAAUUUCUUCGAAAAGAGCUUCGAUAUCAAGGCUCUGAUCCUUUAUUUUUAUAUAUUAAUAGCGCCUUUUCACCUUCGCCAGAUGAAACGAUAGCUAAUCUCCAUAAGUGCUUCAACACAGAUGGUCAUUUAAUAAUAAAUUAUUGCACAACUGCAGCUUGGGGUUAG